AUGAUUCCGUUUGUUGUCGAUUUGGAAGAUGAACGUGCCAUUGAAUUAGAAUUAGUUGGUGGUAAAGGAGUAAAUUUAGCGAUAUUAUAUCAACAAAAAUUCUGUGUUCCUAAUGCUUUUAUCAUUACAACUCAUGUCUAUGAAUCUAUUCUUAAUAAUCCGGAAAUAAAAAAUGCUUUAUCAACAAUCGAUAAUCUUAAUAUUGAUAAUAUAGCUGAAUUAGAAAAUAUUAGUAAUCAUAUUAAAACUAUAAUUUGUAAUAUAACUUUACCAAAUGAUAUAAUCGAUUUAAUAUUUAAAUAUUAUGAUAAAUUAUCCCAGGGAGCUAAUAAUACAAAUCUUCAUGUUGCUGUACGAAGUAGUGCUACAGCUGAAGAUUUACCUGAAAAUUCUUUUGCUGGACAACAAGAUACAUAUUUACAUGUAACAAAAGAAAGUUUAAUUGAAAAAAUUCAAGAAUGUUGGGCCUCAUUAUUUACUGCUCGUGCUAUAUCAUAUAGAAAGAAAUCAAAUAUUAAUUAUAAAAUAAUUCAACUCGCAGUAAUUAUUCAAGAAAUGAUUUCUAGUGAAGUUUCAGGUGUUGCAUUUACAGCUAAUCCUAUAACAGGUUUUCGUAAUGAAGUUAUUAUUGAUUCAACAUAUGGAUUAGGUGAAGCAUUAGUAUCAGGUUUAAUUACACCAGAUCAUUAUGAAAUAUUAACUGAAAAUAAUGAAAUACGUCGAAAAAUUAUUGGUGAAAAAUCUCUUCGUAUUAUUGGUAAAAAAAAUGGUGGUAUUGAAACAUUAAUAACUAACGAUAAUGAAAGAGAAUUAGAAGCAUUAUCUGAUAAAUAUAUUAUUCAACUUAGUAAAUUAGUUAAAGAAAUUGAAAAAAUUUAUAAUCAUCAACCACAAGAUAUCGAAUGGUGCUUUAUGAAGGAAAAUUUUUAUAUUUUACAAGUUCGACCGAUAACAACUUUAUUUCCAAUACCACCCUAUGCGUUUAAUCAAUCAGGUUUACGAUGUAUGAUAUCAUUCGGUACUAUUCAAGGAUUUCUUGAACCUAUAACACCAUUCGGUGAAAGUACUGUACGUACAUUACUUGGUCAUUUCUUACGAAAAGUUGGUAUUAAUCGAAAUACAACAACUGAAGAUGAUAUAUCUUCUAAUCCAUUACAACAUAAAAUAUUUAAAUCAUCAAGAAAUCGUUUAUGGAUUGAUAUAACUGGUAUAUUAACAUCACCAAUUCGAAGUAUAUUUAGUCUAUCGAUGAUUGAUACUGGAAUGGAUAAAAUUAUAAAUCAUAUAAAAUAUUCCAAAUCAUUUCCAAUAAAAUCAAUGUUUAAAACUUAUAUCUAUUUAAUGUUAUUUAUUAUUCCUCUUAUAUUUAGAUCAAUACGAAAUUUUAUAUUUCCUCGUUAUGGAAAAAAAUUAUAUAUGGAUCAGAUGAAUAAAUAUCAUGAGUUUAUUGAUCGAGGUUUUAAAGAUGAAUACAAUCAAAAUUUUACGAAUUGUGUUCAACAUUUUCAAAGAAUUUUAUCGAUAUUGCCGUUACGUUUAAUGCAUUAUGGUGCUAGUUGUGUUGUUCCUGCGAUUAUCUCGUUGAAAAUAUUACAAAAAUUAAGUAAAAAUCCAAUGGAUGCACUUGCCUUAACACGUGCUGUUGAAUCAAAUCCAACAACCGAAAUGAAUCUUAUCUUAUGGAAAAUAACUAUUUUAAUACGAGAAAAUGAUCAUAUUUUAAAAUUAUUUCAAAAUGAAUCAACAAUAAAUUUAGUAAAAAUGUACAAAGAGAAAUUAUUUGAGAAAAAUAUUCAAUUCGAAAUCGAAGAAUUUUUUCAUAUUUAUGGUUGUCGUGGUAUUGGUGAAAUUGAUAUUGGUCGUAAACGAUGGUCUGAUGAACCACAAAUAAUUCUAGAACAAAUAAAAAAUUAUUUGAAAAUUCUUAAUCCUAUUGAUAAAAUUCAUGAACAAAGUAAACAAAGUGCGUAUGAAGCAUUGACUCGUAUUGAAAAUCAUUUAAAAUGGUCAUUUAUUCAACGACCAUUGAUAAAUUUAUUAUUUAAUCGUUUAAAAAUCUUAUUUUCAUUACGAGAAUCACCGAAAUUUCAUGGUAUUAUUCAAACAUUUGGUAAAUGUCGAAAAGAACUUUUAUCUAAAGCACAAUUAGCAGUUAACGAAAAAUUUAUUUUACAUAGUGAUGAUAUUUGUUUUUUAUAUAUUGAUGAAUUACAAUUAUUAGCUUAUGAUACGGAUCAUAAACAAUAUACGAAAAGAAAUUAUUGGAAAAAUUUAAUAGAACAACGUCAAAUAGAAUAUAAGCAGCAAAUGUCUUGUAAACGUAUACCAUUAAUAUUAAUGUCUGAUGGAACAACAUAUUAUGAUGCUAGCACGAUACCAGAUGAUAAUAAAGAUCGUGUUGAAUUAAUGGAAGGAGAAUUUCUUGGUAGUCCAGUAUCUCCAGGUAUAUACGAAGGAAAAGUACGAAUAGUUAAUGAUCCAAUAAAUUCUGAAUUGCAAUCUGGAGAAAUAUUAGUUUGUACUGCUACUGAUCCAGCAUGGACAACAUUAUUUCCAAUUGCUGGUGCGUUAGUUUUAGAAAUGGGUGGGAUGCUUCAACAUGGUGCUAUAGUUUCAAGAGAAUAUGGUUUACCGGCUGUUGUUGGUGUAUCGAAUGCUAAAAAUAUAUUUCAUAAUGGUCAAUUUAUUCAAGUGAAUGGAUCCAAUGGACGAAUUAAAAUUUUAUCGGAUUAA